AUGUCCGUCGUCUCACUCCUCGGGGUGAAAAACCUCAAUAACCCGGCUCCUUUCACCGCCUCUUACCAAUUCGAAAUCACCUUCGAGUGCCUCGAGCAGCUCCAGAAGGAUUUGGAAUGGAAACUCACCUACGUCGGAUCUGCCACUUCCUCCGAGUAUGACCAAGAACUCGACUCCCUCCUCGUUGGACCCAUCCCGGUCGGAGUGAACAAGUUCAUCUUCGAGGCCGACGCACCUGAUGUCAAGCGCAUUCCUACUUCCGAGAUGCUCGGCGUCACCGUCAUCCUGCUCACCUGCAGCUAUGAUGGCCGAGAGUUCGUCCGGGUUGGCUACUACGUGAACAACGAGUACGACAGCGAGGAGCUGGCAGCCGAGCCCCCUGCGAAGCCCGUUAUCGAGCGCAUUCGCCGCAAUGUCCUCGCUGAGAAGCCCCGUGUGACCCGCUUCGCCAUCAAAUGGGACUCUGAUGACUCUGCCCCCGCAGAGUACCCGCCUGACCAGCCCGAGGCCGAUGGUCUCGACGAUGAUAGUGCAGCCUACGGUGCCGAGGAGCGUGAGCUCGAGGCUGCCCUUCUCAAGGAGCUCGAGGAGUCCAACAAGCCCGCCGAGGGCGAUGACCAUGAGAUGGAAGGUGCCGAGGCCCCUGCUGGCAAGGAGGACGAGGAAGAAGAGAUCUCCGAUGCCGAGAGUGAAGAUCUUGAGGCGGAGAGUGACGAUGAUGAGGAUGACCUUGAUGAGGAAGAGGGUGGCGAUGGUGACGAUGAUGUCGAGAUGGGCGACGACGCAGAACCCAAGGAUGAUUCUGCCAAGCCAACUCACCAGCCUCAGCCUGAGCUUAUGGUACACUAG